AUGGACCCUGACUCCGAGUAUUUGACCGCCUUUCGCACCCGUUUCGGAACUUUCCGCUGGAAAGUCCUCCCGUUCGGUCUGAAGGUAGGUCCCGCCUGGUUCCAGCAGUUUAUCAACGCGCAGCUUCACGAUCUCCUCGACCGAUUUAACGUGACCAAGGUUGACUACCUCGGCGUUCUGCUUGAAGCCGGUGUGGGCCUUAGUGUCGACCCUCGGAAAGUUCGAUCGAUACAAGACUGGAAGUUUGAGGACCUCCGAGACCGCACCGCGAUCCGAUCAUUCGUUGGCCUAUGCAACUUCAUCCGUGUUUUCUGCUACCACGCCUCUGGAGUGGCAGAACCCUUGAACCGGUUGCUUAAGAAGGAUGUUGCCUUUGUGAUGGGCCCGGAGCAACGCGAAGCAUUUGAUCAACUCAAGCGCCUGGCUAUCGAAGCCCCGGUCCUCGCCUUCUUUAGACCAGAACUGCCGACCCGACUGGAGACCGAUGCCUCCCGGAAUGCCACAGCUGGUGUUCUAUGGCAGGAACAGCCUGAUCAGACCUGGAAGCCCGUUGGAUUCUUCUCUAAGACCAUGACCCCGGCCGAGCGAGCCUACCCAAUCCAAGAUCGAGAGCUCCUCGCCGUCGUACAGAGUCUAGAGCACUUCUACCCAGAGCUCUUAGGCCAGAAGUUCGAUGUGAUCACCGAUCACGAAGCCUUAGUCCAUUUCUCUACGAAGCGCCUGCUCUCGGUACGACAGAUCAGAUGGUCCGACUUUCUCGCCCAGUUCGACAUCCGUUUCCUCUACCGCCCCGGUCGACUGAACGUAGUCGCCGAUGCCCUCUCCAGGAAGACAGCGGAGCUCCCUACCGUAAAGGCCCGGGAAGCCGAGGAACGCACGGUGACCCUGAUCCCUCCGGAAAGGCUAGGCUUCGCGACCGACUCUCUAGACCCUACGGCCGCCGGCAACCUGCCCUCAGAACUUUAG